AUGUACAAGUCUCUCUUUAAAUUCUGCAGGGAUACUCAUUGUAGACUAAUUGGGUAUCGGCCGGAAGUUAAGACUCGAACUCCAGUUACCCAACCACUUCCUUAUUUGCAGAAAUCACUUGGAUAUGAUAAUAAGAGGAAGACAGAUGAACCGAUAGACCUUCAGAAGAGGAAAAAACAUGCAAGUGAAGAAUAUGUAACUGGUAUUGGUUUCAGUCAGAAUAAACAGAUCACGAUAACUCCUGCAGACCAGGUUGCAAACCCAGAGACUAUAAAGUUGAUGCAAGAAAAUAUGAAACUACAUACAGAAUGUUUGGAAUUGGAAAAGAGAGGCGAAGAACUUAAUUCCAAGGUGGUGCAGCUUAGAAGUAAAAUAGAGGAAGCCCAAAAUGAAUAUAAUCAGCUUUUAGCUGAACUGCAGUCUUUAGACGUGAAAGAGGAGUAG